CGGUGGAGCUGACUGCUGGACUGGACUCUGAACUACCCACAAGGCACUAGUUUCCUAGUUUAUCCUCCAGCCUGCGUGUGAAGGAGAGAGGAAGCCGGUCACAUUGUCCCAAAAAAUCUCUAUAUAUGGGAUGAGAGGGAGGAAGUUGGAUUCCUCAAUAGGGCAUCCACCCAGUGGCUCAAGAAACCUGCUCUGAAGGCUGGCCGGGUUGAAACUGUUCAGAGAGAUCUUCACUUCAGAUCAGAAGUUCCUCCAGAAGACUACUUCACCUGACCUGACUGGGACCAGCAACAAUAAAGCCAUGUCUCUGCGGAUCCAUGUGCUGGCCUGCUGCUUCGGCCUGGGCUCCUGGGUGGCUGUCAAUGGCCUGUGGGUGGAGCUCCCCCUCAUCGUUAACACUCUCCCCGAGGGCUGGGAACUACCAUCUUACCUGACCGUUAUUAUCCAGCUCGCCAACCUGGGGCCUCUGCUGGUCACUCUCAUGCACAAGCUGUGUCCGGGCCGUCUGAAGGAAAGAGCUGUCAUCUACAGUGUGUUGUCUAUAGGUGUCUUGGCCUGUAUACUUCUGGCGUUCUCCUGGGAUGAGACCACAGUGGUGGCGGCGGCAUCUCGGAGCACAGCCUUCUUUAUCCUCACCUUCUUCCUGGCCUUGGUGGACUGCACCUCCUCUGUCACCUUCCUGCCCUUCAUGAUGCAGCUGCCAGCCCACUACAUCACCACCUACUUCAUUGGAGAGGGCCUGAGUGGCUUUAUCCCUGGUCUGGUGGCUCUCGGCCAGGGCGUCGGCAUGGCCAAGUGUGUGAAUGCCACUCAGUCCUCUGGUAACCUCACUGAAGAGGAUAUGUACAUUGUCCAGACCCAGUUUCUACCACCCAACUUCUCCACCGAGGUGUUUUUCUUCUUCCUGGCGGCCAUGAUGUGCAUCAGCCUGGCAGCAUUCUCUGCACUAAACAGGCUCCCACGUACCUUUGAACUGUCCACAGAGAACUUGGUUCCAGACACUGACACAGUGGCGUCAGUCUGCUCCGGACUAGACAACCAUGGAGCAGUGACUGAAGGGGAGAACUCAAACCCAAAACACCACAGUGAGGAAUCAGGUCAGGCCAGGCCACAGCUGGUUAAAUCCGGCCACUCUGUUUUUCAGUUAACUUUUAUCUAUUUCAUGGUGGUCUGGGUGAAUGGGGCGACUAACGGCCUCUUGACCUCGGUGCAGACAUACUCCUGUAUGCCCUACGGUAACCUGGCAUAUCACCUGUCUGCUGCUCUGGCAUCCUGUGCCAACCCAGUGGCCUGUAUAGUCGCCAUGUUUUUUCCUAAAAGGUCACUAGUGCUCCUGGGUGUACUGUGUCUCAUUGGAUCAGUCUUUGGAGGAUACAACAUGGCAAUGGCCACCAUGAGUCCAUGUCCACUACUACAAGGCUCCGCACUAGGAGAAGCCAUCAUAGUGCUGUCGUGGGUCUUCUUCACAGGGAUACUGUCAUAUGUCAAGGUGAUGGUGGGUGUCAUCUUCAGAGAUGAGAGCCACAGCGCCCUGGUGUGGUGUGGAGCAGCGGCACAGACAGGCUCUCUGCUGGGCUCUGCCAUCAUGUUCCCACUGGUAAAUGUCUUCAACCUGUUUCAGUCAGGAGACUUCUGUAACACCAAGUGCCCUUUAUGAUGGUGACCUAUUCCUAAACACUAACAUAACCACGGGUAAGUAGCCUUGUCCAAGCCAGAAUGGCCCGUCUCAUGUUUCUGUACAAGUACACUCCCCGGAAAGGACACUAGUACCUGCUAGUACUUAUACCAACUGGGGUGCUGUGUGAAUAAUGUGGGGAAUGAACAAUGACUGGACAAGAUUAGAGAUUGGACUCCGAACAUGCCUUCAAGGGCACUCUCUUCUGAGAGAGAAAUCCACCUGGAUCAAUGGACUAAAAUAUUACAUUUCAAAAUGUUGCUCAAUUAAUAUUUGAAAAUAUUUUUUAUAAAGUGUGAUUCACAACCCAC